UGUACCUUGCAAAGAUCUUCCUUUCGAAAGAGAUUAGUGGUCUUUAGGCCGUUUUGUUUUUUUUUCUCUGAACGAUGGCUGUUCUGUGGCAAUUUGAGAUUUUGACCCCCAUCAUUUCAGGAAUUCUGUUUGUCGUGGUUAAGACGCACUUUUGUGGAAGCGUUUUUGAGGCCCAAGUCGACCAUGCUUUAAUCGGUCACGUAAUGCACACGACUGCCGUUAAGGAGGACUUUGAGUGUCAGAUGAAAUGCAUGGAAAAGGACCGAUGUAGGUCUGUCAAUAUUCAUAUCAGUGAAAGUGAUGGUAGCCGACUUUGUGAGCUAAACAACAGUACACGGGAAACGAAGGCAGGUGAUUUUAAACAAAAGAAAGGAUCUGUAUACCAUGGCCCUAUAAAGGCCUCUUGCACGGAUGUUUUGAAUGGGAGAAAUGGAAAAGCUAAAAGUGGUCAGUGCCAUCCAGGGUACAAAGGAAUACGGUGUCAAACUCCUAAAGGAGGCUUCAAUCAUAAUCUAAGUGGCCAUUCCUGUAAGGAAAUUCGGGAUGCAAACCCCCUUCUCAAAGACGGGGAAUACUGGAUCGACCUUGAGAAGAACGGAAGCCUCAUAAAGGUCUAUUGUGACAUGACAACUGACGGAGGAGGUUGGCUGCUUGUCUCCAACGUUGUCGUUGACGAACCAUCCUCGCGACUGUAUUCGUCCGAGUCAUCAUACCGAGAAAUCGGCAACUGCCUUAACAAGAAUAUAUUACUCACAACAAAUGCCAUGAAAGAACUGAGAACACAAUUAUCCUUCACUCAGCUGAGAUUCCACUGCACCAAACAACAGGGGCGUACCUUUCAUGUGACCACGGCUGCUAAUAGUACUGGUGAAGCUGUAGUCCAAUUCUUUAGCGGUCAGAGAGAUACCCGCCCGAACGCAUGUGGCUCGUUCAUGAGAAUGAAGGAUGACACCUCGAAGUUAGCUGGCGAAUGUUCGCGAUGGAGUAGUUGGGGAGCUUUUUCCGGAGGGGAGAGAUUUAAGGUCGUUGCCUAUGUCAACGGGAAAUAUCACUGGCUAUUUGAUAAUCCUGGAGGCUUAAGAUGGGAAUGUGACGACUAUAUCUCCAGUGAAUUUUUCGGAUUGUCCACGGGUGACUUCUGGAAGGUGUUUGUUCGUUAAGAACAAAUAAACAAAUCUGCUUAAUCCCUUUAAGACCUAUAUUAUUAUAUCCUCACUUUGUGGGGCACUGUGGAAAAAAAAAAGAUAACAAAGCGCGAUUUCUACACUGACUCUAAUACCGCUUUACAUUCAGUAACUAGUUGGAGGAAAUAUUUUCUAGCCCGCGAAGAACUGAUCAGGUCGUAAGAUCCUCUUUGCACUAUCGGACAUUUUUUGUUGUGAAGUGCAUCACAUCCUUUGUUGUGAAUUGAUAAACUCAAGGCUACAGGGUACUUGAAAUACAUCAUGUGGACUUAUAAUUGAUAACCCAUCGAUCUCGCUAAUGAAACAUUGUCUUGAAACAAAUGAAAGGCCUGCUCUAAACAACUCGUUUGAUACAAAACCAAAAUAUACUAAACAUUCUUGAGAUGAAUGCCUCAUCACUUAUUUAAGUAACAUAUAUCCAUGUUAUUGUUCCAUAUGAAUAAGAAUUCAACUGAAGCAAUACUUGUAGAAGCUGAUUUUAGAACAUAAUUGGGCCAGCCCUCAAGAAAAAAAG